UCACUUGAAGUUAACAAGAAACUAGGGCCCAACGUGUUACUACACGUAUGAAUCAGUCUCAGUUUCAUUUGGCGAAUAGUAAGACUUGUUAUUGGGUACGAUUUGAUGCAACACGCGUUCCGCUUCUGACGGCUUAUUUUACGUGUUUCCUCUAUGAAGUUCGACAAACCGGUGGCCAAGAGCUAAGGUACUGACUGCCUGUGUCUAACCAGCUGAUCCCAGUAAACAGCUCUUGACAGGCUGCUGUAGGCGGGUAUCAGUGCCAUGCCAAAGGCUGGAUGACCUGAGGGAUCCGCUGAUAACCGGAUCCAGACUUACAGCUCCUUAUGGCUGUAUAUGAUGAGAACAUCCUGAAGAAUCCUUUCUACUUGGCUUUGGAGAAGCAGAGACCGGACCUCUGCAGCCGAGUGGCAGAGCUCCACGGCAUUGUCCUUGUUCCCUGUUGUGGAAGUUUGACCGUCAGCAGCUAUUCAGACUCUCAGUUCGACAGCUAUGUCCUGCAGCCUGCGGAGGAGGGAUACCAGACUGCGGAUGGAAAGGAGGUCAGGAUCCAGGACAGGCAGGUCCUGUUGGGAUCUGGCUUCCCGGCUCCGGUAUCAGUCCCAAUCCUGUUUGAAGAAACCUUUUACAAUGACCAGGAGCAGAGCUACAGCAUCCUGUGCAUCUCCCGGCCCUUUGAGGUGGACCAGAACCCCACCGAGCUCAUCCUGCCGCCCCCCUACUGCCUAAGGACCGUGGAGGACGUCAGGGAGUUUCUGGGCCGCCACGCCCAGAAACUGGACAGGUUCAUCCAGGGCUUCUGUCAGGCCUUCAAGGAGCAGGAGAGGAAGGGACUCCGACACCACAUAGACUCUGUGAACGGUCUCUACACUAAAUGUCUUCAGUGUCUGUUGAGAGACUCUCGCCUGAAACUUCUGGCGAAGCAGGAGCUUCAGAUGGCUCUUCUCAAACAGGCGGUGGAGAUAUAUGUUCAUCAUGGUAUCCAUGAUUUCAUCUUUAACUUUGUGGGAACGCUUGAAGCCAGCCAGGACGCCGCUUUCAACAAAACCACCAGGAGUCUUCAGGAGCUGCAGCAGAAAGACCUGGGAGUCAAACCUGAGUUCAGCAUAAACUUGUCUCGGGCAAAGAGAGAGCUGAGUCAGCUCAACCAGCAGACCUCCCCACUCCUCAAACUGCUCUGCCUGCGCAGAGUCACCGUGACCGCCACCCAGACCCCCAGACGCACCGUCAGCAUUGAGGCCGUAAGCGCAGACGACCUGCUCUCUGUCACCCUCUAUCUGCUGGUGAAGACGGAAAUCCCCAACUGGAUGGCCAACCUGAGCUACAUCAGGAACUUCUGCUUCAGCCACUCCAGUAAAGACGAGCUCAGCUACUGUCUGAGCACCUUCGAGGCUGCGGUGGAGUACAUCAACCUGGGGAAGCUGCAGGACACGCACUCUGGCUCAGGUGAGCUGAACGACAAGGCGUUGUUCAAAGAGAGGAUGAGGCUGUUGACUCAGAGCGCGGCCACGCCCAUCCACUGUCUGUUUGAGCACAUAGCAAACGGAAACGAGGCUGAGGUUGAACGUCUGCUGAGUGAAGGAGAGAGCGACGAGGACGUUAGGAUGUGUCACCCCCUCUGCUCCUGUGACCUCUGUGACCUCCAGCUGUCCGGGCGGCUGAACGACCCGUCCAUCGUCACGCCGUUCUCCAGAGAUGAUCGAGGUUACACUCCGCUGCAUGUCGCUGCCAUCUGUGGUCAGGCCCAGCUGAUAGACGUGCUAGUGUGUAAAGGAGCCCCGGUCAACGCCACAGACUACCACGCCCUCACGCCGCUGCACCUGGCCUGCCAACGGGGAUACCAGGGUGUUACGCUGCUCCUGCUGCACUACAAGGCAAACACAGACGCUCAGGACAACAACGGGAACACACCGCUGCACCUCGCCUGCAUGUAUGGACACGAAGACUGUGUGAAGGCCUUGAUUUACUACGACGUCCAAGCGUGCCGCCUGGACCUGCAGAACGAUAAAGGCGACACGGCGCUGCACAUGGCGGCCCGGUGGGGCUACGAAGGAAUCAUCCAGGUGCUGCUGGAGAACGGAGCGAGCACCAACAUCCUCAACAAGAGCAAAGACUCACCGCUGCAGUGUGCGCUCAACUCCAAGAUCCUCAUGUUGUUGCAGUCGUCUCAGAACGGCCGUCAGUGCAGCAGCAGCAGCAGAGUCCACUCUCCCAGCCGCUCCCCUCUGGCCUCAGACUGCAGCAGCAGCCGCCGCUCCUCCGUCUCCAGCACCUCCUCUCUGGGUUCUGAGGCCAAACCAGAGGCAGAACGUGUCCGGCACAGAGAGGUGGAGAAGCUGCUGCGUGCCGUGGCAGAUGGAGACGUGGAGAUGGUGCGUUACCUGUUGGAGUGGAUGGAUGAGGAAGAGGAGGAUGAAGGAGAAAUUCGGUCUGAGGCUCUGCUCUGUCACCCGCUGUGUCAGUGUCCGAACUGUGCUCCGACCCAGAAGUUGUCUGUUCUGCAGGCCGGAGCUCUGGGCGUUAACAGCUGUAACGCUGACGGCUUCACGCCGCUCCACGUCGCCGCCCUGCACGGCCACUCGCCGCUGGCCACCCUGCUGAUCCGCCACGGAGCCAACGUCAACGCCCGCACCAACCAGAGCGCCACACCACUUCACCUGGCCAGCCAGAACAGCCACAUUCAGGUGGUGAGGUUUCUGCUGGAGUGCAACGCCAAACUGAAUAAGAAGGAUCACUAUGGCAACACCCCUCUGAUACAGGCCUGUCUGUGUGGGAACCUGGAGACAGUCACCACCCUGUUACAGAGUAAUGCGCUGGUGAACGUAGCAAACCUCCAGGGGAACACGGCUCUCCACGAGGCGGUGCGGGGCGGACACCAGGCGUUGGUGGAGCUGCUGCUGAGGGGUGGAGCCUCGCCUGGUCUCAGGAACAAGAGGCAGAGGACGCCACUGGACUGCGCCUAUGAACUGGGUGGAAAGAACACUGAGAUCCUCAGAGCUCUGCAGAAAGCGUCUGGACUGUCCCCUGAUGCUGAGCCAAUCAAACUCCUCUCUGUGCCCAAAGGAGCUCUGGCUCAUUCAUUCGUUCAGCGUCUGAGGCUCCAGGAUCAGUCCAACGGCAGGAGACAGAAACUGGCUCAGUCCAUCAGCAGGAUUCAGCAGAUGAAGAAAGGUUCCUCUGGUCCUCCCCCCAGGUGUUCACCAACCCUGAGUCAGCAGGUGAAUCCAGACAGGAGGAGGUUGAGACGAGGGGAGACGGUGGAGGUCAGCAGCCCCUCAGGAAGCCUCGAUGCCAGGCCCCGGCUGAGGGAGCGGCCCCUGGGUCGCUGUCACACCCUGGACUCUGGAGAACGCACACCAGAGCAGCUGGAGUGUACACUCACCCCCAACACAGCUGAAUACACUCCAAAAGAGAGUGACACUCCGUCAACAGACAAUACACAGCCUGAAAUCAGUGAAACACUCUCCACUGACGUCUCUAACUGCAGCACCGGCAGUGAGACCUCACCAUCCCCACCAUCCAAUGCAUCGUCACACACUGAUAAUUCGUUUGAAGCCCCUCCCACACACAUCCUCACCAACCGCUCUGCUUCGCACGAGUCUGACCAGCCGUCCGACGCCAACAGCCAAAGUCUCCGGCCUGUAAAUGGAGCAUUAGAGGACUCAUGCGACGACCAGACUCAGCCUCGCGUCGACACAGAGUCCCCGCAGUCAGAGAGCAAGGAUGGAAACUCCAAUCCCAUCCACCCCGCUGACCUCCACUCCCCCGUCCAGACUGAUGGAGGUGAUCCAAGAGACACCAGCCAAACACCAGAAACGAGUGCAGAGUCGAGGCAGUGUAACCUUGUUGUAGUAGGAGACCUUGUUGGGAGUCCUGCCGAGCAGCUAAACACACCCUGAAGGUGUCAGAGAAGCACUGAAGCGGGUUAUAAAGACUGUGGGCAUCACUGUGGCUUUGGCCCCCCCCGGAAGAUAAUACACAGUGAGAUCUGAUUCAACAAGCAGCCGAUCAGAGUGAAAAAGAAAAACAGCACACACAUGUACAGGUUACAGUUAUAAGAGGUUAAAGAGUCAGUUCACUCACAUUACACAGAACACGUCUUCUGACCUGCUUCCAGUGGCAGUUGGUCCUGCAGCCUGGUUUUAUUUGUCCUGGUUUGGAGAUAUCUCAGAUUUCUGCCACCACUCUAAAGACAAUGGAGAUAAAUGGAAUUCAUUUGUUUAGUUUAAAAGAAAAAAAGAACUUUAAUUUGUCUGUCUAGAAUCAGUAGCUUCUUUACAGAGGUUCAUAAUGUUAAGGACAGGUUAUUAAAACUCUGGAAAGUUAUGUACCAGAGUAAUACAUCAGCGUUGUGCAUCUGCAUAUAUUUGGUUGUGUUGUGUUAGAAGUUUAACCAGGUUCAGGUGUGUUGUAGAACAUCCUGAUGCUGAUCUGCUGCUUUAUAAUCUCACUGACAGCCUCACUUCAUAUGGACUUUUCCCAAAACACUGUUCACAGUAAGAUCUGUGACGACGACGCUGUUUGUUGUGGAAUUUUUUUUUAAAUGCCACGUUUCAGUGCUGUGAGCGUCUCAAAUUAAAUUCCAUUCACCUCCACUGCAUCGAGGUGGAGGCAGAAAUCUACAGAGACAGACUCAGUCUCAGAACCUGGACAGUUGAACCAAAGCUACUGGAUCUCCAUGGAAGCUAAAGAGAUAAAGUAUUUUUGUCAUUUGGGUGAAUUGACCCUUUAAAGCUGCCACUUAAUGUAUUUAGUAAUUUCAUUUUCUCAAAGUUUGAUCCCCCCACAUUCCCAUGCACCUGCUGUCCCAACACAACAACACAACACAUACAAACAGAUUUAAAACACACACACGAGGAACAGGCUGAGGUUUAUCACAGUGCUCUGUUUGUACUGUUUCAGGAGCAAAUAUGUGAUUUAAAAGAUUCUGUAUAAUUUGUGACUUGGAGCUCGGAUGUUGUUGGUGAUAUAAACUCCUCCUCUCUGGUGGAGGUCUUUGGUCUCAGCAGCUCCUGGAUCUCCUCCUCCUCCUCCUCCUCCUCCUCCUCCUCCUCCUCCUCCUUCUCCUCCUCCCACCUGAGUUUGAAGCACUUUCUUCUUCUAGCCUUCAUGGAAAGACAAAGGGAUGCAAACUGACCAUGUUUUAGUUCCAUGCGGUUUGAAUGUUGUUGCUUUAGUUUUAUUUUAAGCCACUAAACUGUCAUGUGAAGAACAUGUUUUUUGUUUUACUUGAAUACUAGACGUUAGCUUGGUCUCACUGUUUAAAACGGAUUUACAGUUUGACUGGUUUGCUCUUUUUUUUUUUCCCCAGCGUUUAAAAUCGUAAUACUCCACUUACGUUUUAUUGGGAUCAUUUGAUUUUAUUUAUGAACUGAAUGAAUGGAUGAUGGUGUGCUGUGUGUUCAGAGAGGUUCGGCUUCUCCUGAAUAUCAGAAUGUGUUUUCUUCACACACAUAGAGCGAGUUGAAGGACCACACCACUGUUUCUGCAUAUUUUCCACCUACUGAUUACAAGCCUUAUAUUUUAAGUUGCUGCUGUUUCCCAAUGUUUGUUCCACAUUUGUUACCCAGUGCUUAAGAAAGCAGUGAUGAACACUUAAAAUACAGCUGCUGUAAUAAGAAGGUUAAACAAGAUCAACAUGAUGAGACAAAAAAGUAAAACAUACAUCAUUUAAUGAGCAAAAUAAAACAUGCAGAACCAGCAGAUUGAUCCUUUAACGUUAGAAGCUAUUUAACCUUAUUUAAGACAAAUAUACUGUACUGUAUAACUGUCACCAUCAGUGUUCGUGUUCACAUUAAUGCCACAUGUCACUGAUCUCACUGAACGUGUGUGACUGCAGACCGUUUCAAGUGAGGAUGAAGCUCUGCUUCAGUCCUUUGUAUGUCCCACUUUGUUUGUUUCCACCGUCCUCUUCCUCCGUGUGUCUCCUCACACACUGGAACUCAGUGGCUCAUUUAAGCUGAAAGGAUGUCAGACUCAGUCAGAAGUCAAGGCUUGAUUAUUUUUGUAUCUGUUUUUAUUUCCAGGUUUGGAGGUUUAAAGAUGAUGUGGAUGUGAAUGUGCCUUAUUCAAUUCACACCCAAAUAACCAAUAAUAAACCUAUGAUUUCAACUACGA